AGUUAGUGAGUCGUUUUGAGUUAGCCGAUAGCUCCGGUUCAAGGCUUGUCCUCGGAAACGACUUGUAAGUUCCAAGACACGAUCGAUUUACUGUUAGUUCUAGUUCUAGUCUAGUUCUACACAUCAUUGCCAAAAUUGGACUCGAGUGUGAUAUAUUUUUUUGGUGAUUGUACAUUUUCACAUACUGCUCUCCUGUCAUUCGGAUUGUAAUCAGCUUCUCUGACGUGUCAGCCAACUACCUACCUACCAAAGGUAUUCAAGGAUCGUUGAUAAUUGUGUCUAGAACUAGACCAGCUUAUCACAAACAAAACCCUUUCUCGAGUCCACUGCCCAUUACCAGCAACAGCAGAAAAAGAAGGGGGAAAAAUAAAUACAAAGUCACCAUGGCUCAACCGAAAAAUGAAAUAUUUCAGUACUCAAUUGUGAGCUGCCUCAUGGACGGCGUGGCCUCAUCAGGCAUGCCAGUUUCUGACCUGCUCAAGCAUGGCGACCUGGGCUUGGGCACGUUCAAACACAUGGUCGGCGAAAUGAUCAUGUUGGAUGGCACCAUGUUCCAGAUGAAGUCUGACGGGUCGACGGUCCCCAUCUCGGCCAGCCCAGAGUCGACCGCCAACGACGACGGGACGGAACCCAUGAUCUCGCCCUUUGCGACCGUCACGCGCUUCGAGCCGACGGUCCACGACGAUUCGGUCAGCUUCUCCAGCAAGGAGAGCCUGGCCGAGAAGCUGACGCAGAUGCUGCCCGGCACCCGCAACAUCUUCAUGGCCUUCCGGGCCGACGGCGUCUUCAACCUCACCGUCCGCACCGCCGCGGGCCAGCAGUGCCCUCGGGAGAAGCUCGUGGCCGUGUCGAGCAGGCAGACCACGCACACAUUUGAGAAGGAAAGGGGCACGAUCGUCGGGUUCCGCUCGCCUGCCUUUUCUCACGGGAUCAAUGUCGCCGGCGAUCAUAUUCACUUCAUCAGCGACGAUCGCAAGCGCGGUGGGCAUGUCCUCUCCUUGGACACCGGUGAGGGCUCUGUCAGCCUCGGGGUUGCCCCCAUCUCAAAAGUACAUCUGCAGCUCCCGGUUGAUGACGAAGAGUACAACGACGCAGAGUUGAAACUCGAUAGUGAGGGUAUCAAUGCUGUAGAAGGCUAGCGGCUAUGGCUAUGGUCUGCAAGUUUUAAAAUUGCAACUUUGAUCGGUCUAUUCACUCGAAUGUAUGCUCAUGGUCCGCCCGAUCUUGACUUUGUCACAUGCAACUUCCUCAACGCAGUGCAAAAAAAAAAAAAAAAAAAAAAAAAAAAAAAAAAAAAAACAUGUCAAACUGCCAAGACGUUGGAAGGGUACAAGGUCUGAUAUAUCAAAUCUCUCCCGAUCCGGCAACCAGCACUCGACAAGGGCCACUCCGCAUGCAACUUUGAUCUCCCGGGGGUCGUUCUUCAAGCCUGAAAGACCACUCCAUAUGCAUCGAGCCCUCUUUGGUAUAAAAGUAUCAGAUUAGCGUCACUUGUGUCGCCCAUGUACAGAUACAGUCGGCGAGUUUGAACAAUUUGAGAUCGGAUUUCGGUCAAAAUUCACCACUCCGACAGGUACUUUUUUUAUUGUCCAACCCAUUGCGCGGCCUCAAACAUGCCCAGCCAGAAACUAAACCUGGUGCAAGGGGUUGGCCGUCAAAUAGUACCUUUGAUUAGUCGAAUGCAAUUGCUAUUCUACACCAGGUCACCCCAUCUCAUCCCAUCUUUUUUUUCCCCCCAUGCGCAGCCACAUGCUUCGGCAGAAGUAGAGAAAGCAAGAGCCCUGUGUCUAAGUCACUAGUCCAUAGGCAAUGCAUUCAUAAACUUUUUAUACCUGCAA